AUGUGGCGCACAUGCUUGUCAAGUAUCAAGAAGGGAUCCAGAAGUUUUCAUGGUGUUGGCGAAAUUAGCACAUUUAAUGUGCAUAUGGGUGAACCCGCCCUAUUAGCCUCUCUUAGGCAAUCUUCCAGGAUAUCGAAGAUGAACCGUGUCAUGUUAUCAACUAUGCCAUUAACAAGAUUUGGUCAAAGUUACUAUUGUAGACAUUUUUCUGGAGGUUCAAGGUUGCAUCUUCAGAUGAAGAUGAAUUCAGAGCAAUCAGACGAACCAGCAUUGAAGAAAUUUGCAACCAAUUUGACCGAAUUGGCUAAGAAAGGCAAACUCGAUCCCGUCAUUGGAAGAGAUGAGGAGAUACGUAGAACUAUCCAGAUAUUGUCAAGAAGAACCAAAAACAACCCUGUGUUGAUAGGAAAUGCUGGUACAGGAAAAACUGCAAUAAUGGAAGGCCUGGCACAGCGAAUAGUGAAAGGCGAGGUUCCAGAAAGCAUGAAAGACAAGGAAGUCAUAUCACUGGAUUUAGGCUCACUGAUUAGUGGAGCGAAGUACAGAGGUGAAUUUGAGGAAAGACUAAAACAGUUUUUGAAAGAACUGGACGAACAUUACAUUCUCUUCAUCGACGAGCUUCAUAUCCUUCUAGGUUUAGGAAAGUCGGAGGGAUCAAUUGAUGCUUCAAACUUGCUUAAGCCCGCCCUUGCUAGAGGCCAACUACAAUGCUGUGGUGCUACAACCAUUGAUGAAUAUAAAAAGUACAUUGAAAAGGAUGUUGCGCUUGCCAGACGAUUCCAGCCAAUUUUGGUGAACGAACCCACUGUUGAAGAUGCAAUUAGCAUUUUGAGAGGCUUGAAAGAAAAGUACGAGGUACAUCAUGGUGUUCGGAUAACUGAUGGUGCUCUUGUCACUGCAGCAGUUUAUAGUAAUCGGUAUAUCACCGAUCGAUUUUUACCUGACAAAGCAAUCGAUCUGGUUGACGAGGCUUGCUCUGCUCUUCGCCUGCAGCAUGAAUCAAAACCGGACUCUAUUCAAGAAUUGGAUAGAUCCAUCAUGACUAUUCAAAUCGAAUUAGAAUCUCUUCGGAAGGAGUCGGAUACCUUGAGCAAAGAAAGAAGAGAGAAGCUAGAAGAGCAAUUGAAGUACAAGCAGGCAGAGCUCAAACGACUCACAGAAAUUUGGGAGAAACAAAAACAAGAGCUGGAUAGAAUAAAACAGUUGAAGCAAGAAUUGGAAAUAGCUAAGCGUGAUUUGGAAAAAGAGAGAAGGGAGGGCAAUUUUGCCCAGGCUUCGAAACUUCAAUAUGCAACGAUUCCAGAAUUAGAAGCAAAACUCAAUGCGUCGAUCAGAAACCAGGAGGCUGCGGCUGAGGUAGACGAGGACGGAGGUGGUGCAAGCCUACUUCACGAAUCUGUCACUUCCGAUGACAUAGCAAGAGUAGUCUCAAAAGCUACUGGAAUUCCAGUCCAGAAUAUGAUGAGAGGUGAAAAGGAUAAACUUUUGUAUAUGGAGGCUGCAUUAAGAGGAAGAGUGAUAGGACAAGAUGAAGCAAUAGCUUCGAUCUCAAAUGCAAUACGCUUACAGAGGGCUGGCCUUACGAAUGAGAAAAGGCCUAUCGCGUCUUUUAUGUUCUUAGGGCCAACAGGAACUGGCAAAACAGAACUUACGAAAGCGGUCGCGGAUUUUCUGUUUGAUGAUGAGAAUGCUAUCAUCAGAUUUGACAUGUCGGAGUUCCAAGAGAAACAUUCUAUCAUGAGACUUAUUGGUGCCCCACCUUCAUAUGUGGGAUAUGAAGAAGGUGGGGAAUUAACGGAGAAAAUCAGAAGAAAACCUUAUUCAGUGAUUCUCUUUGAUGAGUUCGAGAAAGCUCAUCCUGAUGUGUCGAAACUUUUAUUACAAGUGUUGGACGAAGGCAAGUUGACAGACUCGCAGGGAAAUAAAGUUGACUUCCGUAAUACCCUUAUCGUUAUGACUUCAAACAUUGGGCAAGAUAUUAUGCUCUCAGAUAAACCAGACAAAGAUCAGAUUCUUCAACUAAUGAAGUCUUACUACUCACCAGAGUUUAUCAAUAGGAUUGACGAAGUGGUCAUUUUCAACAAGCUAUCCAAGGAAGCAUUGAGGAACAUCGUUGACUUGAGAAUUGGCGAUUUACAAGACAGGCUCUCGGAAAGAAGAAUUGAGCUCCAUUUGACAGAUAAUGCCAAAGAUUGGUUAACAGCCAAUGGCUAUGAACCGCAAUAUGGCGCCAGGCCACUGAAUAGGCUAAUCAAGAGGGCUUUACUGAAUCCAAUGUCCAUCAUGAUGUUGAAGGGGGAGAUCAAAAACAAUUGUGUCGUAAAGGUUGACACAGAAAAUGAACAUUUGACAAUAGUCCCUGAGCGAAACCUUGAUGAUUCCUCAAAUGUAGCAGGUAUUGAUCGAAAUGAGAAUGAAGAAUAA